AAAAAAAAAAAAAAAAGCAGCUUGUUUCAAUACAUCGAGAACACCUUGGAGACGUAAAAAUUUUGCACUUUCUGAGCUUCAUGUUCGAGGGCUGCAAUGGUUUAUUCGGCCCGACUUCCGAAACAAGAAGAUCUUGGAGGAGGAGGAGAAGGACAGUGUGGUGACCAAGAUUCGUGUCAGACAGACAGAGGCCAAUGGGAAAGGGCGGGAAUGACGCUGGUACUGGGUUCGAAGAAAAACACGAAAACGGGGACAAGACAGACCAAUCCUUGUGACGACAAUUAAUCAUUCAACCAAUAAAUUAUAUCUAUAAAGAAAGAAAGCUCCACCCAUUUCAAACCACUGCCUGCCUCUCCCAUCAUCACUACUUCACACUGUGGAACAUCGUGAUGUUUAUUUAUUGAAUAGACACACAGAGAUAGGAAGACACAGAGAGAGAGAGAGAGAGAGAGAGAGAGAGGAUGGAGGAAUAAUCAAUCAGCUCUGAAGCAAAAUCGCCCACCAAGGCAGUGCAGAAUUCCUCUCUGACAUGCUCUGUUCUGUUCCUCUUGGGAUCCACAUGGAAUGGAAAUCAUUUUUCAAAAAGAGGAGAUGCGGGUAGUAGUUGAGAAGAGGAAGGGGGAGACAGGUACUGGCAGAAGUGCUUGAAGUCGAACAUGGACCGGAGAAGCUGGCUGUGGCGGCGGAAGUCCUCUGAGAAAAGUCUCGGAGAGACCGAGAGUUCCGGUUCCAUUUCUUCUCACUCGGAAAGGUUCUCCGAUGAACAGGCAUUUGCAGCCCAUAGCUCUCAAUCCCUCGAAGUCACAUCUAAAGUUGUUGUUGCCGAGGAAGAUGUGAACGACCGGGUGGAGACUUUGUCGGAGAGAUUAUCUGCUGCUCUUCUCAACAUCAAUGCCAAGGAAGAAUUAGUAAAGCAGCACGCAAAGGUUGCAGAAGAAGCAGUCACAGGAUGGGAGAAGGCAGAGAACGAGGUCUCGGUCUUAAAGAAGCAGCUAGAGUCUGCAACAGAGAGGAACUCAUCGCUUGAGAAUCGGGUAACUCAUCUUGAUGGAGCACUCAAGGAAUGCCUGAGGCAGCUCCGUCAAUCAAGAGAAGAGCAAGAGGUGAGGAUCAAUGAAGUAAUCGCGGAGAAGACUCGUGAGUGGGAAUUGAUCAACUCUGAUCUCCGUCCGAAGCUUGAUGCCGCUGAGAGACAGAACUCGGCCCUCAAAUCUGAGCUCCUUUCCCGAGUUGCGGAGUUAGAGGUCAGAACCAUCGAGCUGGACCUGAGCACUAAGGCUGCUGAAACGGCAAGCAAGCAAAACUUGGAGAGCAUAAAGAAGGUGGCUAAGCUUGAAGCAGAGAUCCGCAGGCUAAAAGCUGAGGCUCGCAAAGCAGCGUCUGCUUCAUCAUUCUGUAUUGAGUCGUUCACAGAUAGCCAAUCGGAUGCCGGGGAGCAGACUCUAGCAGUUGAAAAUAGCGCUCGAAAUGAAUUUGAUCCAGUCCUGACCCGUAGGGAGUCCCGCACAUUUAACCUUGUCAAGGGACUCAAUAAUUGGAGGAACGGGAAGACUCUCGGAAAGAACCUCAUGGUCCCUUCAUUGGAGGCUGAUCUGAUGGAUGAUUUUCUUGAAAUGGAAAGGCUCGCAGGUUUGCCGGAUGCAGAAGCUGGAAGCUCCAGGAUUGGGGCCAGAGCUAUGUCUGAUCAAUUUAGAGAAAACCAGCUGAGAUCGGAGCUUGAUGCCAUGAUUAAUAGAACUUCUGAAUUGGAGGAAGAGAUUGAGAAGAAGGAUGCAGAGAAGGCAGAACUGGAGGCGGCUCUGACGCAGUUCCAAGAACAGCUUGGUAAGUCGGGAAGUUGCCUGAAGGUGACAGAGGUGAGACUAAAAGAGAUAGAGUCUCGGACAACUGAACUGGAGGAACAGAUUGAGAAGAAGGAAGCGGAGAAGGCAGAACUGCAGGUGUCAGCAAGGCAGUUCCAUGAACAGCUCGAUAAGUCGGAGAAUUGCCUGAAGGAGGCAGAAAAGAGACUAACAGAGCUAGAAACUCGGCUAUCAGUGGUGGAAAAAUUAAAGGGAGGUGCCGAGGAGAAAAUGAAAGCGACCGAGUCACAACUAAGAGAUGCCGCAGCCAAGAUGGAAAGCUUACGUGAUAAAGUUAAAUCAUUAGAGGAAGAGCUCGGGUUGGAACGGGCUGAUAAGCUGGAGAAGGAGGAGAAAUGUAGAACUUUGGAGGAAGAGAUUUCGAGAAUGAGGAAAGAAGUCGAGCUACAACAAAAUGCUGAACUUCUGCAGGUGGCUCCUUCCAGUGAUGAACUAAAACUGAAGCAGGUGCAGGAGCUAGCAGCUGCUGCCAGCAAAUUUGCCGAGUGCCAAAAAACGAUCACAUCUCUUGGUCAGAAACUGAAGUCGCUUGCAUCUUUGGAGGAUUUCUUGGUUGAAUCUGAUGAGAUUCCGGGACUUAUGAAUGAGGAAGAUUCGGAGCAUCCUCAAAACACAGAUGGCCCAAAUGAAUCAGAUCCCUCUGAUUCGAAUUUACUGAAUAGAGAAUCCGAUUACACAGGAGGCAACUCCACUCCAGAAAAGGCAAGGGAAAGGGGAGGAACAAAUCCUUCCCAGAACAGGAAUGUCCCUUCCGAGAAGAGUCGACAUGGGAUCGGGAAGUUCCCUAGCCGAGGUAGAAAGAUAGGAAGCUGAACAAAAAAUGGUUGAGCAGUUAUACCAGUUUCAUUUUUGUCUCUGUAGAUAUAUUCUGUUAUCAGUAAAAGAAAUCGGCGGGAGAGAGAUAAAAAAACCCACCUGACCAGGGUCUAGCCAUAAGAGCUAAGUGCCUCGCUUGGCAGCUUACCAGGCUGCUUUAACAGAUGCAUUAGUGAGUUUUGAGCCGUUUCGGACUGAUAUAUUCCUAUCGACCAUGCUUUAGUCGUA